CUGACUACCCCUUAGUUGCGAUCAUCGGUAGUGUAGGAUAAUUAAGUAUUUCCCUUUUGAUUUCUCCAAAUAAGCACAAUAACUCUCUCUGGCUAGCUGUUCUUAGACAACCUCGAAACCAUCUCUCAUUUUCUCUCUUCCUCAUCUGCAACUGCAAAUUAAAGUACCAUUCAGUUUACAUUCAAAGUCGAUUCGAUGACCGUUCCAAUGGGUACUACAGCAAACCCAUCCCCUCCGUCACCAAUCGGAUUCGAAGGAUUCGAAAAACGCCUCGAAAUCACCUUCUCCGAAGCUCCCAUCUUUGUCGACCCCCAAGGUCUUGGUCUCCGAGCCCUGACUCGGUCCCAACUCGACUCGAUCCUCGAUGCAGCUCGCUGCACCAUAGUUGCUCAACUCUGCAACUCCGAGUUCGACUCAUACGUUCUCUCCGAGUCAAGCCUCUUCGUUUACCCUCUAAAGAUAAUUCUCAAGACUUGCGGGACAACAAAGCUGCUUUCAGCGAUUCCUCAGAUUCUCAAACUCGCGAGUUCUCUCUCGCUCUCUGUUUUCUCUGCUAAGUAUUCUCGUGGGAGCUUCAUCUUCCCUGAUGCUCAACCUUCCCCUCAUCGUAACUUCACUGAAGAAGUCACCGUGCUUAAUGGGUAUUUUGGUAAUUUAACCUCCGGAGGAAGGGCUUACGUCAUGGGUAAUCCAUCGAUUCCGAAUCAGAACUGGCACAUCUACAUGGCCUCUGAGAACCCACCAACAGAUGCUAAUCGUACGGCUGUGGUCACAAUGGAAAUGUGCAUGACUGGGUUGGAUCGGGAACGAGCUGCCUUGUUUUACAAGAAAUCGGAAGGAGACUCGGCCAAGGAAAUGACUAAUCUCGCUGGAAUCGCCGAGAUUAUGCCUUCUCAUGAGAUAUGCGACUUUGAGUUCGAUCCAUGCGGUUACUCUAUGAAUGCAAUCGACGGUGGAGCUCUCUCUACAAUCCACGUCACCCCUGAAGACGGAUUCAGUUACGCCAGCUAUGAGGCCAUGGGGUUCGACCCCGGUUCGGUCGGGUUCGAACCGCUAAUCAAACGCGUGCUGAAGUGUUUCCGUCCGGCUCAGUUCUCUGUUGCUGUAACUUGCUUGGGCGAUGGUGGACCCUACAUGUGGGGCGAGGAUGAAUUUGUGGAAGGUUACAUGUGCGAGAACGUGGCGAAACAAGAACUUCCAGGUGGUGGGUGCGUAGUGUACCGUUGCUUCACCGAAAGAGAGAACGUGUGCGUGGUGUCUUCCCCUAAAUCGACUCUGCAUUGCUGGGAAGACGUGGGAGAGGAAGAAGAAAUUGUUGAGAUGGUGGAGAAAAAGAACAAGAACAAGAGGAAGAAGAAGAAGAGUAAAAGCGUUGGUGCAACUGCGCCGGUGUGUAACUGCGUUUCUGUGGCUUAGUUUCGGUUCAGCCAGCCAGACAGGUUUAUAUGUGGUGGUCCAUCUGUUU